AUGAAAAACUUUCAGGACACCGGCUAUGAAGUACUCCCUGAAACAGUGAGGCCUACUGAAACACACAUCGGUGCAGUGAUACGGAAUGCACAGAACUCACUCGCUUUUCGGUUAUGGGGUUUCAAGGACUCAAUACAAAUUCGGAUAGAUGAAACUGAUACUGCAAUCCGGAAGCGGUUCUUCCCAGAGAUGGCUCUCAAUGGUCAAUGGCCUCCCGAGAAGUUGCCAUUCUCUUCCGUUGAUGUGAAACCGGACUCCGUUCAUGUUACUACUGGUGAUAAGAAGUUGAAGGUCGUUGUUACAUACAAACCUUUCAUGGUGGAGAUUUACAAUGAUAAAUUAGAGCUCAUUGCCCAAGUGAAUCGCGACGGAAAGCUGAUGGUAGAGGAAUAUCGUCUUAAAGAGGAAGGAAAGGAGUAUCCCGAAGAUUUCUGGGAAGAGAACUUCAGAUCACAUAGGGAUUCUAAACCUUUUGGAUCCAGUAGUGUUGGGGUUGACAUUUCAUUCGUUGGAUUCCGUAAUGCGUAUGGAUUGCCGGAGCAUGCGGAUUCGUUCUCGCUGAAAUCUACCGCAGGCAAUACGGACCCCUUCAGGCUGUACAAUCUGGAUGUGUUCGAAUACGAGCUGAACAAUCCCAUGACACUGUACGCUGCUGUACCAUAUAUUGUGGCGCAUAAAGCGAAUGCAACAGUUGGAGCACUUUGGUACGUUAUUUGCUGCCGAAACAUGGAUUGA